ACACAUGGUGGAACUGACCCAUGGUCGUCCAGUCCUAACUUGCAAUCAUCAUCAUACUCCUACACAUCACCAGUAAUAGCCAACACUGGUUCCCAUCUCCCUUCCACAUCGUCUGCCUUCUCAACGAUGCAUCUUCCACCAGAAACAAUGGGAUAUCCAGGUGUCUCCCCUAUCAAUGACCACACAGUAAUGCCACCAGGUCUUCCGCCCAUGUCCAGUUUUCAUGGCCCGUCCAAUCAUGGUCCAACAGUGCCCCAAGUGACAGCUGCUUCUUCACUCUAUGGCCAAAAUAACACUUCCCCAGUCCCUAUUCAUACCUCAGAUAAGCUGACCAGUCGUAGAGCUCAUCAGCCUUCCCAGACUGGAGAUGCCCUAGGCAAAGCAUUAGCUUCGAUUUAUUCUGCUGAUCACACAAAUGGUAGUUUUUCUUCCACACCUACUACACCAGUCAAUUCUCCACCUCCUCUCUCAGGUGUGCCUCAGUGGUCUCGCAAUCCUCAAGCAACUGCACCUGUUGCUUUUACAGAUGGCCCUCCCCACUUGGCUCGAGGGGUGAUGGAGGAGCGUCUAGAUGAUGCUAUCAACAUCUUGAGAAAUCAUGCAGAAGGAACAGGACUUCAGGUGCUUGGCCCUGGUGGGGUUUUGCAGAAUUCUGUCAUGUCACUGGCUUCAUCUGCUGGCAAUUCCAAUGGGCUAAUGGGAGCCAUUGCAACACACCCUUACUCUGUUUCCAUUGGGAAGACUUCUCUAGAACCUCAUGUGAGUCCUCAGCCUUUACCAGAUGGAACAGUCAGAAAUCAGACAGGCUUACCGGAUGUAUCAUCUGUUCAUUCAAACACAUCACAUUAUGACUUGGCAGCACCUGAUCUUGGUUCAGCUGUAAAAUUAGAGAAAAAUAAGAGAGAGAAAAGUUUUGGAGCUCGCAGCAAGUCAGUUACUCCUAAUGCUAGCUUAGCACCUGUUUCUCCUUCCUCUGAUUCAAAUGCAUCUAUCACAGCAACAACAGUAUCAACAGCCACCACCACUACCCAUAGUAAAGGAACUAAGCGAUCACGCUCAAGGUCAGCAGAUGAUGAUGAGGAUCCAGAAAUUAAGGCAGAAAGAGAGAAAGAAAGAAGACAAGCUAAUAAUGCUAGAGAAAGGAUUCGUGUCCGAGACAUUAAUGAAGCAUUUAAAGAGCUGGGUCGAAUGUGUAUGAUGCACAUGAAAGCAGAAAAAUCACAGACAAAACUAGGUAUUCUUCACCAAGCUGUGGAACUUAUCACAAGCUUAGAGCAACAAGUUAGAGAGAGAAACUUGAAUCCCAAAGCAGCCUGUUUAAAAAGAAGAGAAGAAGAAAAAAAUGAAGAGGGCCCGAAGUUAGCAACACAUGGGCUUCACCAUGCACCCCCUGGGUUAGACCCUUUGUCUCAUCAACGAAUGCCCACGUCAUUACCGGGACCGCAGCCUCCACUGCCUCCAACACAUCCACAGCAAUAGAACUAGUAUAUUGAAACAUUACAGUUCUUAUUGUAGCAUAUGCUUGUUGACUGUGGAUUGUACAGAAUUUUUGGGCCACGACGGCCCCCACAGCCUAUGGACUUGGAGGACACAUUUCAGCGCUUCCUUCCAAUUGCAGCAGUAAUUUGAUCAUUACAAAAGCCGGAUUACAAAAACCAUUGAAUCAGAAAUAAAAAGAGGAAAUAUAUUGUUGCUAAUGUGUAAUCCUUUCUCUGGAUAGCUAGGACUAAGUAAUGAUUUAUUUUUGGAAAAUGAAGAAAAUUCCUGUACUGAAACCUGCUUAAGUGUUGAUAUUCAAAUGCACAGAGAAAAGAAAGAGCCAGGCUUAAGAAGCUGAUGUUUUUCUAUUUUUUAUCAUGGUUAUUCAAGGCCAAAGUAAUAAUUGGUGACUCCUUUUAAAUGUAAAAUGGGGUUUGGGUCAAGAUAAAACAUCCUUUUCACCCUGUACAUGUUCCCUUUUCUGUCAAAAACAAGAAUAAACAUUAUGGUAUCUAGUAUUUUCAAAUAUAUACCAUAAAUUAUAGGACACUCACUACUUAGUUUUCACUCACUGAGAUUAAGGGGGAAAGUAUCUCGACCUUUUUUCUUCUCUGUCGAUAAAACUUCUCUCUUUGGUAAUAUUUUGUUUUACCUACAGUGAUUUCACUGGUUAAAGUGAUGCACCUCUGUUGUUUUGUACUUAUCUUGACUCGUAAAAACUCACACAUGCAAAGGCCAGUGAGGUGUCAUUUUUAGAGGUGGAGGUGAUUUAUUGUCACGUUUGUCUGAUGCACUUUCUACUUGUACAGACUAUUUAGUCAAUGGUAUAGUGUACAUCAUUAUUAAAAAACUUAAAAUAAGAUACAUCUCUCAUUUUUUUCCAGCAACUUCUUUUAAUGUACUUAAUAAAGAAAACAAAUUUUAUCACUGGGAAAUGUUUUCAUAACUACCUUUAGGGUUAAGAACAACAGGUUUCUGAAAUUUUAGUUUUAAAAAUAUGUUGAUCUAGAUGGUGGUGCUUCUGCAAAGUUGACUUUAUCAAAACUUUUAUUAUGCUUGUUGUAUCUGUUUUAUUUCUAUUAAGUGCAAGUUUUGGAAAGUUCUUUUUUUUUUAAAAUCUAGAGAUCAAGAUGUAUUUUAAAGAGACUGUUUUGUAAUUCACUUAUUUCUUCAAGUGAAAUCAGCUGUAGGAUUAAAAACACCUCCCUUAUUAAAACUUUAUUAUAAAAAAACAGGUGCUAAUACAUUACCCUAAAAAUGAAGAUCCAAAUCAUAAUUUAAAUUGCUUGCACAUUAGUGAUAGAUCUGUUAAUGUCAAACUUACUUGUUGAUAAGAGAGUAUGUUGUUAAAACUUAAGUUAAUGCCAACAAGAAACAACGUAGAACAAGAAAUUCUUCAUUGUAUAUUUUGUGUUAUGCAUUUACAAGUGAAACAUUAAGUUUUCUUUAUGCAAGUGCUCAUUUAUAAUCAUCGUUAAUGUUGUAUUGCAGCUUUUAUGCAAAAAACAAAACAAAAACAUUUAGCUUGCCUUUUUUAAAAUUGUUAUAUUUUUGAUUUUAUAGCUUGUCACAGUAAAGCAGCUUAUGAUCCCAUUGUACCAUAUGUGAAACAUGUUGCAGUGCAACUAGUAAUUAUAUAUAUAAAAUUACAUCUGUACUGUAGGAAGAAUAAGCCAUUAUAAAAUGCAUAUAUUUCGUGGUUACAUGUGCUUGCUCUUUUUUUUCUUUUGUAGUGUAUUUGUUUUUGGAUCGGUGUUGUGAAAUAAUCUGUCAUUGUUCUCCUCUUUUGCUCCAAUAGCACUUUUGUUUUUUAUUUUUUAAAUGUAAUUCAUUGGGUCUGUGUUCUGUCUAUUGUUUGUAAGCACAUAUCUUCAGUAUGUUAUAUACAUUUUUGAGAGUGAAAAGAAAUAAACAGUGCCAUUUUUCUUAAAACUGUUGCUCAACUUAA